CAACUGCUCAUUCUCGAUGGUCCAUUUGAGUACUGCUGGUGGUUUACUCAGGUGCUCACAUCAGCGUCGCAAAUGGACCAAACCGGAACGACGUAAGCGGCUUUCUUUUGCAACCAAUCAAACCUCAAAAAAAUGCGGGUCGGUGCAGUGUAGGCGGUCAGAAUGUCCUCGUAAGAAACAGCCUGUGACCCUGCAGCAUCUUGUCGCGGACCUCGCAGUUUCUGCUAUUUUUGCUUUGCUUGGCCUAUCACCUACUGAUCAACGCCGUCGAUAAUCUAUCGAAAAAAUGUGCGUGCCUUCGAGAGCCGCAGACUGAGUCGCGGAUCUAGUCUGAGGUGUCUUCAAUACCGCAAGGAAGCCACAGCACCAAACUGCUCAAGAGAUCCAUCAUAAAGAUUCAAGAUUGAAGGCUAAUGCAGAAGCCCAGCGGUGAGCGGGGCACAAUGGCACUAAUCAGCUUCGAACAGGCGCACCCCGCUGACGCGUCGCGCCGCCCAUCUACCUUGGAACACUCAGUCGUCUG